GAAUCUUUCUCAAAAGAUAACCAAAGUAACAGUAACUUUAUAGAUAACUACACAAAUCAGAAUAAAUUUGUAUUCUGUUUGUCUUCUACGUCAAACUUGUGGCUUGAAGUAGAGGGAACGAGCUGAAAUGUUGAAGUAGUUGGGAGACUUGGGGAGGUUGUUGGAACAGCUGAAGAAGACUUUUCAUGGCGGAGGGGACGGGACCUAGCGGAAUGGAUCCCCGGGGUUAGUCAGCCUGACAGCCGUGAACAGACGCGGACAACCACCGUCAGCAAGCCCGGCAGGGCCGGUAGGCCACCAUGGACGUCCUGGGAGACGACCAGGCCAUACAGGCCAUCCUAGGUGACAACAUCAGUGAACUGUCAGGAGAGCUAGACUUUCAGCAACUUCAUGACUUCAUCACACAAGACGAGCCAGACGUGUAUUUUCCUGAUAUCCAAGGUGGCCAGCCCACAACAGUAGGGUUCACUGCGGGCACCAACGCUCCCACCACCAGCCAGGCCCAGCCACAAGGCCCCAACCAAUACAGACACAACGACCUCAAUGGCUACAUAGGGCGUCUGCCUGACUCCCCACCGGACUCGAGCUCGGAGCCGUGCUCCCCUCCCCAGGACCUGCCUGCAGACGGGCAGCCUCCAGCAGGACUCAUGGACUCUGGGUUCUCACAGUGCAGCUUACGGGACAGCAAUGCACAGAUGGUGCAGCUUCCCCAGCCAGGUAGCUAUAUGAAGCAGGAGCCGGUGCAGAUGCCCUACCAGGCCAUGCCAGGCCAGCAGCCUACAGCCAGCUACAGCAGCAUGCCUCCUCCCAACAUGCUAGACAUGAGCGCUCAGGGAAACCAGCUGCUGGCUCAGAUAGUCACGAACUCCCCCCAGCCCCAGCGCCCAGCUGCCAAGAAGAGAAAACAUUCCGAGUCCCCGGCAGGCUCCAUCAAUGCUGGCAUGGUGGGGGGACUGCUCACACACAUAAAACAGGAGCCUGGUUUGGUUUCUGACUGCUUGGGUGACUUCGGGAUUGAUCCGGAUCAGAUCUCGCUGGACGGCAGCAUGUACAUGGAGAAUACCACAUAUCAGAGUAUCAAGUGGCAGGCCCACACCCCCAGCAGCUGGCACAAGCUGUAUGAUGCACACCACAGUGAGCUCCCUGCUCCCAGCUACAGAGUUGAUGCAGACAAAGGCUUCAACUUUUCCACAGUAGACGACUCGUUUGUGUGUCAGAAAAAGAACCAUUUCCAGGUUACUGUGCACGCAGGGCUGGCCGGCCACCCCAAGUACAUCAAAGAUGGCAACCACUUCAAGGCCAUCCAGAAAUACUGCGUACACAUUUGUGGUGUGAAGUUUGAAUCCAUCACCCAAUCCAUAAGAGUGGAGCAGUCCCAGUCAGACAGAAGCAAAAAGCCCUUUCAUCCUGCACAUCUUGACCUCCACCCUGACAAAGUGGUGAAGAUGACGUUGGGACGACUGCACUUCAGCGAGACCACAUCCAACAACAUGCGCAAGAAAGGCAGACCCAACCCCGACCAAAGAUACUUCAUGUUGGUGGUGGCGCUGCAUGCACACACGUCCAACGGGCAUUACCUUGUUGCUGCUCACUCCUCAGAAAAAAUCAUUGUCAGGGCAUCAAACCCAGGACAGUUUGAGAGCGAUGACAUCAGCUGGCAAAGAGGACAAAUGCCUGAUGCUAUCUACCACCAGGGAAGGGUUGGCAUCAACACAGAAAGACCUGAUGAGGCUCUGGUUGUCCAUGGUAACGUGAAAGUGUCAGGACACAUCAUGCAGCCUUCAGACAUGCGCGCCAAGGAGAACAUCAAAGAGGCUGACACAAAAGAAGCCCUGACAAAUGUGUCUCAGCUGAAAGUCUACAACUACAACUACAAACCAGAGUUUGCAGAGAAGAUGGGGAUCGAUAAGGUGGAUGACAAGGGAGUCCUGGCACAAGAGGUCAAAGAGGUCAUCCCAGAUGCGGUCAUAGAAACCGGAGAGGACAUUGACCUGGAAGGCGGAGAAACGAUAAACAACUUGUUAGUGGUCAACAAGGACCGCAUCUACAUGGAGAAUGUAGGAGCGGUAAAAGAGCUCUGUAAGCUGACUGACAAUCUGGAGACGAGAAUUGAUGAGCUGGAGCGGAUGAACAAGAAACUUGCCAAGCUGAAGAGGUUAGACAGCAUCAAGUCCACAUCCAGCACCAGCACAGCAACAACUGUCGGAAGUCGGUGUGGCAGCACUGCAGCCAGUUACAAGGGCAAAUCUAUGAAGAGUGGCAGACAUGGCAGACACCAUGGUCCCUACCCACCCCCAACCCCUGAGAGGCGGUUCUGUUCCCAGAGGUUCAUGCAGGGGGCAGUCAUAGCUCUCGUUCUCAUCAUGGCUUUCUGUGUGGUUGCUAUGACAACCCUGUAUGUCCUGGAGACCCAGACAACAACGACAGACUCCACAGGGACAAUCCAGACUGUCAGUCUGGCAGAGAUUUCCAGUUGGAAUGCCAUGGAUCUGAACAGUGACAACAGCAUCUCACCAACAGAGUUUGUCACAGUCGUCAGUGGAGCCAAACUGUUCGAUCAUCUGGAUACAGAUGGAAACAUGUAUCUGUGGCAGGACCAGCUGGUGCCGCUGGUGUCUAUCGAUUCCUACUACAUGAUGGACAUGAACAACGACACGUGGGUCAGCGCGGACGAGGCCCACAAGUCAGGCAUCCUGCAGCUGGUGUUCCAUCACUUCGAUGAGAAUGGUGAUGACUCUCUGCAGCCAAUCGAAGCUGAGAAGAUGCUAGCAGCAGUCCGAAACAUUCCAACUGAACCUCCAAUAAAUCAGAAUCCCACCCAGAACCCAGUGGCACUGGACACCACUACCCAGUACCCAGUUGGAGGCCACCCAAUAGAACUGGGGACAGUCAGUCCAGUGAACGGGACAGAAGCAGCCCUGCCACCGACCUACUGCUGUGCACAUGUCCCACAUGACUCCCGUGUGCCCACAGGACCACCGAUCGUACCAACCUCUGCUGUGCCCCGUGUGACCACCUCAGGACCAGACAAGUCCUCACAGAGCGGAUUUAAUCCCAGCAAACCUCAAGUCAUCAUCGGAGAUGGAACAGGUUACAAGAAUAUGUCCCAGGGUUCUCUAAUUCCCACCGACAAAGAUGCCAGUUUGAAACCCUUAGACGAGGGCAUACAAAACGAGCCCAUCGACCACAAAGGGUCCAAUAUCAAGCGCCGCUCCACUGAGGAAGAGGUUGGGGAGGGCCCGGUGGUCUCACUGCUGAGCACAGUGGUAACAUCCAUGGGCAUUGUUGAGAAGGAUCUGGUCCUGGAGCAAAACCUCUGCUCUGCUCAGAACUUCUGCAGUGGUGGAAACUACAGCCUCCACAUCAGCAUGUACACACCUAUGCAGCUCUUGACUCUGGAAUUCAAUACGUCCCAGGCAGUUGACAUCAAACUGUGCGGGCAGCUGACAGACUCAGUGUGCCCUGAACAAGGGGACACAGAAAUCGACCAACCAAACACAGUGGAGGAGCAAACUUCCCUCACAACUGGCUACCGCCAUGUAUGGGAUGUGGACGCUGCACUUUUCCCUCAAACAACCUACAUCUUCAGAGUUGUAGAGAUGGGCACUGACACUGGAUGUUCCACCUCCCAAGACCUGGCUGGUGUUCAGUAUGUGCAGUACACCAUCACCUUCCAAAGACUCUGUGAUGCCAGAUAGGCCUUCAGCAACCAUGUAGUGGUCAACACUCAUCUCCCAGUGACAUUUCUGCAUGCAUACAUGUGCAAGGGUUACGUGUACAAUGUAGGUAAUUUCUUGCGGGGCAAAGAUAAACUUAUCUCAGUUCAUGUUCGUGCAUGGUAUGAUUCUAUGAAAGCCUUGUCUACUGCAUGUAAGCAAGAACCUUACUGAUGAAAUCAGUACCACUGCUUUGGUCUGAAAGUACCAAGCCUUCAUUGCAACACACCCAUACAGCCAAUGGUGCCUUCCUAAGACCACUCCUCUAGGCCAUUGUGUUGUCUGUUCCAUGUAAAAAUAUGGGUGUCUAGUGUGUGACAUGGUGAGGAGCACCACUGAAGUUAUAAUAAUUGGAUGUAUAUGAUUAUGAGCUAGUAGACUGAGAUGAAUUAACAUCCUGUGCUUUACGAAAAUAAGACAUUUCUGUACAUAAAGUAAUUACUGAUUUUAAUGCUCUAAAGAGAAGACAGGAUCCCACAUAUAUAUUUGGAGAUGGUUGCUAAAACUAGCAUUACUACAUAUCAUUCUGACAAUCAUCAAAAUGUAAGUGCCUUUUACCAACUAUGUGGUCUUCUGAAGGCUCACUCAGCUUUCUGUGGUACAAACUUCAAAGUGUCCUGUCACCUAAAAUGUAUCUACGUAAACCUACUAAUUUAAAAGAAAAUCAUUGUCCUAACAUCUUAAGCGUCUUUGAUGUGUCAUUUUAAAGAAAUGAGAUGAUAUUGCAACAAAACCUGUGUGUAGAGAUUAAUCAAGGUACAGGUUUUAGCAUUUGUUUUUAUCAAUAAGAUUUUAAGCUGUAGCAGCCAUGGAAAAAUAUACAUGCUUGUAAAUAUUUGCAGAACAAAAAACACAGACUGUGUCUUUCCACCAUGAUUACAUCAGUACACGUAUUUGAUUAUAAGUCAAGUAGCUUUGUGGGCCUGAAAUCAUUGUAACACUGUAAGACAUGUAAAAAUGAAGCUGUCAUUUCCUAACUGUCAAAGGAAACAUCAUGAACUCGUGUUAUGUGACUCAGAUACACAUACAAGCACAUGUUGCUAUAUAAGUGUACACGUACUGGCAUAGCCAAGCUUCAUUGUUCUUUGAAUGGGAAUGUGUUUUUAACUGCUUUAGAUAUGUUGUAUAAUGAUACAUACAAGCAUUUUAAUUGGCAUAACUUGUAAAUCUAACAUAAAAUGUUUUUACCUUGGUAAAGUUUGCUGUUUAUGUAAUCGUCAGUCUCACAAGGAAGGUAACAGUCACCCAUGUACAUAUUUCCUUGCUCUUAAGUUUAAGAUUUUGUGAGAUCAUUUAGGGAUAUUUUACUUGGUGGUGGAGAUUUGUUUUGUUACCAGAUUUUAAAAGAAAUUCUUGUUGAUUUGUUGUUUUCUUGUCUAACACCACUUAUUUGUCAAUAUAAUGUUCCACAUUUGAUGUGUCACGUCAAAGUCAUCUCUACAGCAACUAACAAUUUGCAGCUUAAUGUAGCCAAGACGAUGCACUUUGACAUUUUGUGAUUUUAUGGAAGGAGAAAAUUGUUGUAGAGAGAGAGAGACAGAGACUGUAUGUAUAUGAACUGAAGUGGAAAUCAGUAUAUUUUUAAAAUGGGGGAAGCACUAGAGUAUGCAAUGUAUUUUCUAUUCUGCAAAAGAAAUAAAUAACUGUAAAUGGAAAA